AUGGCCACGGAGAAAUGCCAGAAUUUUGUAAUUUUUUACGCCUCCCAAACAGGAAAUGCAGAAUGGAUUGCCAAAAACAUUCAUCAAGAAUCAAUAGAGCGUGGAUUUACAAGAUUAGGUGAUACUAAUUAUACUAAUUUUAAUAAUACGGCAAAACGACUUGAAAAAAAAUUGUUGGAUUUAAGUGGAACGCCGUUUUAUGACAAGGGUCUAGCUGACGAUGCGCUUGGUUUGGAAUCAGUUGUAGAUCCUUGGAUUGCGAAUUUAUGGCCUGCUUUGGCCAAUGUUUGCGUUCAAAAACAAAAAGAUGGUGGGAUAGAUGUUACUGAUUCUAUUGUGUCCCUUUCAAUUAAAGACAAAAAAGAUAAUUCACAAAGCACGAAAACUCAAAUAGACUCUCAAGUUACUAAUGAUCAAUCUAAUGAAAAUGAUUUGCGUUUAACAACUAAUGGCAGCAAAUCAGAGUCAACCCAACCAGGAAAUAAAAUCAUACUAGAUUUAACUGAUCUUGUUAGUUCAGAUCAGCUCACAGCCAUACCUCGUAUACCAACUAUGUUUUGUAAAAUUUCAAAAUUAAACAGAGAAAAAGUUACCACUUCAUUACCUUCCUUUUUAACGACUUCUUCACGUAUCCUUAAUGCAAGGAUUAAUGCUGUAUGUUGUCUUACACAUCCGAAUGCCGUCAAAAAGACAUUGCAUCUGGAAUUAGACAUUAAAGGUCAUGAAUUUUCAUUUAUUCCGGGAGAUGCUUUUGAAAUAUUUGCUCCUAAUGAUGAAGUGUUGCUAUUACGGUAUGGUGUUGAUUUGACAUCUUUACCUCGUAAAGCUUUAUUAAGAAUGAUGGCCGAUUACACUUCAGAUGAUCAAGAAAAACGAUCCCUACUUUUUCUAUGUAGCAAACAAGGUGCUCAACAAUUUAAUCGUUUAUAUGAACAAAGGCCAACAAUCCUUGAUUUUUUAGUUACUUUUCCAUCUUGCAAGCCACCAAUAGAACGUCUUCUAGAUACAUUACCACAACAUCAACCUCGUUAUUACUCUAUUGUCAAUUCUCCCCUUAUGAACCCCAAUGAAUUCCAUUUUGCAUUUAACAUCGUUGAAUAUUAUACUCCAAAUCCUUACAACGUACAAAAAUAUGGUGUUUGCACUACAUGGUUGGAUAAGUUAUGUGGUUAUAUAAAUGAAAUGAAUGUUCGAACUAUUUUAAAUUCAAAUAUAACCAUUCCAAUUGCUUUAAAAGCAAAUCAAUCUGGAUUUAAUGUUCCUUCAGAUAUUUCAAAACCUUUGAUAAUGAUCGGUCCUGGUACGGGUGUAGCCCCAUUUAUUGGUUUUCUUCAACAUAGAGAACAACAAAUUUUAUCUGAAAAGAAAAUAAACAAUGUUAAGUAUUUAGGUGAUAUGUGGUUAUUUUAUGGAUGUAGAGAUAAAGAAAAAGAUUUUUUGUAUCGUAAUGAAUUAGAAGGUUUUGUAGAACGAGGAAUUUUAAAAGAAUUAUUUGUUGCUGUUAGUCGUGCACCUGGCGCUGGUGUAGAUGGAAAACCAAAAUAUGUUCAAGAUCUUAUGAGGAUUCAAAGUCGUGAUAUAUUUGAAUUAAUAACAAAAAAAGAUGCUAUUAUUUUUGUGUGUGGUGAUGCUAAAGGUAUGUCGAAAGGCGUGAACGAUGCUUUGGCUGAUAUUCUCGUUGAACACGGUCAAAUGCAACAAUCAGAAGCAUUAGAUUUAUUAAAGAAAUGGUUACGAGAAAAACGUUAUUUACGUGACUUGUGGGGCUGA